AGUGACAUAUCUCUCUUGAACUUCAUCUUUUAAAAGUUAGGGUGAGGAGGGAAGGGUUAGACACAUUUUCUCGUCAUAAGUCAGAUUUUAGCAAUCGUGUAGAGAGAUAUAUGACGCCCUCUUGACAGGAUAAAAGAUUAAACGGCGCUAGUCUGGAACGAUCUCUAGAAAGUUCGAUCGUCAUGAACGACACUUAUCUACUUGCUCAGAACGUAUCGAACAGCAGUCAAUACUUUCCUGCAGAUGGAUGGGUUGACACCAUUGUUGUUAAUCGCUCUUGCGAUGGUAACAUUAACCUCUACUCUCAAUCUUAAGAGGUACAGGAGAGAAGAGACGCCGAUAGAGGACUUAAUGAACGACGAAAGAAAUGCUGAUGUCUACGACCGCUGCUUGCCCCGCUCCAUAUGCAGAAAUGGUGGCUACUGCCAAUCGGGAAGAGACCUAAAUAGCGCUUAUGCACAGAACUUUACUCAUUGCGUAUGCAAUGACCCCAUAUUCACUGGAAAACAUUGUGAAAUUGUCAGGAACUGUCCUGGCUACAUUUGGAAAUGGGCGUUCUUGAAGGAAGGGGACGUAGAGGACCCAUUUAAGGAAGGAAAUUAUACGGAUGAGCAAAAACUGACGUUAAUUGAGAAAGAGUUCUACAGGUUCAUCCUCAUCCAUUUUCCGGACUCAUUUCCAAACAUGUCUUCCCCCGACCCACCAACUUUGUAUGACUGGGGUUUUGAAGUUAUUGAAUGCAGAAAGGCCACGAUGCUCAUGUUCCUGAAGGCACUGCUGUCGGCAAACAAAUCUGUCCUCAGCCCCAAACUUCAAGUUCGUUACCUUACCUUGCACUACAUCCUGACGACUUACAUUGAGAACAUGGAGAAGUGGAAAUAUUUUGUAGGUAUCACAAGGCUGAGCAAUUACGAGGGUUUCUUUCUUCACGAUAUGCAUUACGUUCUUCAUAAGAUGCAGCGCCACUGGACUAAGUGGACCAACCAUACCAUAAUUCUGACCUUUAAUCUUCUCCAAAGCAUGGGGCUUGCUUACAUAUUCAAGAAACAUAACUAUGAAGUGUCUGUGAAACAAGAUGCGGGAAUAAACGAGCCAAUGAGAGAAUUAAAAUACCUGUUGCCAAAAAUCUUCGAUGAGCUUAUGACGCCGGCGGAGAUUUAUAAGAUAAAGUCUCUCCUGAGGGCAUAUGACGGUUCAUCUCCUGAUGGUUUUUACGACAACUUGCUCGUUCAUCCGUUGGAGAGAUACCCUGUGACAAAAAUACUACCCAAAGCUCGGCGAGCCCUGGGAUAUCAGAUGAGCGCCAUGAAGUCUUUCUUGAAGCACGUUUACUGGAAGAAUCUACGGCCGUCCCCUAGUGUAGUAUCCCUACCGGAUGGCAAAGAGUUUUACAUCGCCUGUCUCGAGUGGUACCUUGGAGAACCAAGUCCAGACCCUGACAGAAUCAUGGAUCAUGCCGAGUGGGAGGUGUUGAAGAUAUCAGAGGCGGUAGAAGAGAUGAUGGAAGCUGAUUUCUUCGACUAUGAGAUGACGACAUAUUUUCAAAAACUGAAGAGAGAAGUUACCCCAAUCUCCACGGGUGAGAUCGUUACAGAAAUGCACCGACUUCUCAAUGAAGUAAUCAAGCCAAAACUGUCGAAAGUGAUGGACGUAGAGCUACCGCCUAACCCGAAAAUUGUGUUACUGAAGCACUGGUGGGAUCGAACCUUCUACGACAGAGGCACGCUGUACAUCAACCCCCGAAAUGCGUUCAGACACAGGCUACUUCCGAUGGCAAUGAGAUACGGAAUACCUGGCGAGCACUUUCGGUUUGCUACCUUACUAAAUCGGACCGACGUUCCGGAGUAUCUGAAGUGGCCCGUUUUAAAAAGAGGUGCCGUACCUACAAUUCCUCAGACUCCGUUUCCAGCUUUUCAUUGGGGCUGGGGCGCCUAUGCUGAAGCUCUCAGCCUGGAGAUGGGGUUACAAAGGUCUAAAUUGAAUCGUCUGGCUUUUUACGCCGAAAGGAUGUUGCGUGCUACAGCCGCCGCCGUCGACGUGGGCAUCCACUGGAAGAAGUGGUCACGUAGUACAGCGGCUUCCUACCUGUACGAUCACAACAGCUUUCCUGAAGAGUUUCUGGCUCAAGUGCUCGACAGCGCCAUCAGCUUGCCUGGGGAGGCAACUGCGGCCCUCAUGGGACAAUCCAAGCUGCAGGAUUUGAGACAGAUUGCAGAGAUGGAAUACGAGAGCAAGUUCAACCUGAAGAAGUUCCAUAAGAAAGUACUGGACGUGAUACCUGGUCUCCAGAUUUCCCUGACCAGCGUCAUUAGAGAUCCGUGGUGACAAAACAAUCACAACAGACGUAGUCUUCUGUUCCCGCCCGCCGAAACCAGACAGGACAUGCUAAACUCUUGCUGGGUACAUGGUCCUUCGUUUCUGCCUCUGACCAAGAAAAGGACGCCAUUUCCCGCUGUGUCACAGUACUACAGAGCAAAGUUCUAGUGGCUUGACCGACAAACCUUUUUUUCUAAAGAGUUAACAGCCAAAUGUAAAAUCUUCAUGGUUACUACACUGUGAAUAUUUAGAGAAGAGUUUUUAUGAUCAUGGUGUGUCACAAUAAAAUGUUACAUGUCUUGAGAAAA